GUGCGUCCGCGUGCAGUUUGCGUUUGAGGUUCACUUCUUGACAGCAUAAACUAUUGGUUGAAAAGAAGCUGCUCGCAGGAAAUAUCUCUUUGAUCUCGUGUCAGUUGCAGCCAACGUACUUAUGAUCAAUCCAGCACCUGCACCAGCUCCAGCAUGUUUUGCUUUUGCACGUACGCAGUUUUAUGUUAAGGAGGUUCGUGGCCACCGUACCUCUCGCUCUCGGAGAAGAGAGCGUUUUUGUGCGAGUCGAUUUGGAUUGGAUUUCUUCUCUAUUGAGGAUUUCGAUUUUGGAUUUGGUGUUGCAUUUUUCGGACCGAAUAAACGUACUUAAGAAAGUACGUUUUGUUUUUGAUGCAAGCAUAACGAUAACCUCCGAGGAAAACCAAAAUGGAAAACCACGUACCGGAAGAAUUCUUGUGCCCCAUCACCUUCGACAUGAUGGAGGACCCGGUGUGCACCGUUGACGGUCAUUCAUAUGACCGCCAUGCCAUCACGCGCUGGUUCAGUGAGGGGCGUACUACGUCGCCGGCCACGGGCCUCGGGUUGGCGAGCACGGCGCUUGCGACAAACUUUGGCUUGAGGAAGGCAAUCGCCAACCACGGGGCCCGGGCGGAGGAGUCGGCCCGGCGGGAGAGGAGCCGAGCGGAGGAAUGGGCCCGGCGCGAGAGCGGGAUGAAGCGGACUUUAGAAAUGUACCGGGAUGCCACAGCGGCGCUGACGAACAAGCUGCGGACGCUGCAGGCGCAAGCUUGCGGCGGCGAGAGGGGUACGACGACGGCGGCGCAAUCGGGCGGCCACCGGGGUUGUGGCGUGUCGAUAGUCGACAGCAGCCGCACCCGGGGGCCUUCCGAACACCACCCCGCUUGGGUUGAUUUUGUUCUGCUGGUUUCGCGUAUGUUGGCGCCCAGCGAAGAUCCCGCCGCCGGCGCCGCCGCGAAGUUCUUGGCGGUGGACACUUUCGUGGAAGCGGCGGAGGCCGAGGCCGGAAUUGGUUUGUCCUUGUUGCGCGUGUUCCUGAACGACCGCGCGUCCCUGCAGAACUGCGGCCUCUCCUGCGCAAGGUACCUCAGCGACGGCGGCGACGCGAUCAUCAUCGAGAGGCCACGCGCCUUUGCAGAGGUGUGCGCGGCACUGCGGGCCCGGGGCACUAAACGGGGCGAAUCCGUGGACGGUUGUAAGCGGAGAAGAACGGCGGUCGCGUAUUGAAAGGAAAAAUCCACCCUCCCCAUAUUGAAAAGGUGUGACUUCGAAAAUUUGCGUUGCUGAUUUGAGGUCACAAAUCAUAUUUGUCUUGCAAGAAGACAAGGGCAGGAGCUUUCGCCCCAUUAUGGAAGCGAUUUGUCAUGCUGUUGGGCCUAAAGGGGAGCCGCUCGCCAUGCUGAACAACUAGACACGUGCGCCCCUAUGUAGCCUGGAGAUCUGCCCGCAGUGCCUCUCUGCAAUACAAAGCUGAUUUGUGUACGCACAUCCAGCAUCAGAAAUUUCCUUUUGAUAUGGGGAGGGGGGAUUUUUCCUUUUGAUAUCGCGGCCGCGUUUUCGUCGCCGGCGCAUGAUGCAGCAGGGCGAUCGUCUUCCGCCGCGCGAGAUCCGUCCUUCCAUGAAUUCGCCGCUGAACAGGUAUGAAAGUGGGCCUCAUCUGUAACAAGGCCGUUUACAACGGCAUGCGUUCUUGUACUUUAUGUUUAUUUUUUUUGUAUGCUGUUGUGUUGCUGAAAUUGAAAUUGUUAUUGAUGUUGAAGAAGGGUCUGGGUUUCAAGAUUUUUUUAGCGCCCUUUGUGCAAAACAGGAACUCUUCCCGGAUGUGGAGGGGCCUGUGAUGGCCCCGCCGGCUGGUCCAAGGUUACAAUCUGCACCCUCCGCAACCACAAGCAGUGGCUCCGCGAAUGAAAUCCGGCCCAGCAGCAGCAGCGGCAGUAGUUCUCUGACUGCUUCGGCGUCAGGCAGCAACGGGGCUGGAACGGAGCGUGCCCCUACCUCUCGGGGCUUCAGAGAUGAGGUGGCAAUACUGCUUAGCACGGACGUGUUCAUCUUCUCCGCCUUUUUAUUCUUUUUCGAUGUUUCAUUCACACAACAACAAACCAAAGAAAGUUUUGAAGUGUUGUCCAAACUGCAUUAUUAUGUCGCUUUGAAAAACAAACAGGGUUUUCAUCGUGUCUCUCCGCAACAAGAAUCUAUGCCGGGCCAUCCUGCACCUGCUGUCGGCCAGGGACGACCGAGACCGAACACCUCAUUUCCCAUUGCCAAUUCCAAUUCGCAAACGUUCCAAGGUAGCACACCUGGGCUCGGCAGCGUCGCCUCCCAACCAGUGAUGUUCUCUUCAGGCGGUUCCUCACGAGCGGGACACAAUCUCCCUCUAGAAAAUAACCCGACGAGCAAUGGCAUGAUACCAACCCCGAUGAGUGGCCCCAUGAUCAUGCAGCCGUUGAAUUACCCUGACCCCAACAGCAGUGUCGGCACGACGAGCACAACUCUCCUGUACCAGCAGCAAGGGCUGCCCCCGCAGUUUCACUUUAUUCAGGGAGCAGCUCCGACCUCGUCCUCCGCCGGGGUUUAUAAUUACCCGCCCGGUGGUCUGCCGGUAAACGUAAACAACUCAUCCAUGAGCAUGAAUAUGAUGCCACCCCUCAAUAUGAGCAACGUCGGUGCGAACAACGCGCUGUACCAGCAACUUGGUCCGAUUCCGGGAAUGACCUCCUCCGCCGCGCAGCUUUACACGACUAGUGGCCAUCUGCAGCCACCAGGGUAUCCUUCGAGUUCGAUCAUGAUGCAGGAGGUGCAGCCCGUCAGUACCAAUCUCGUUGCGAACGCGAUGUCCCGGCACCAGGAGCAGCCCGUUGCCUCGAUGAUGCAGCACGCCACAAAUAACUUCGCUCCGGGUACUAUCGCGGACAGACCACAAGUAAAUCCGGCUGCUGAUUCUGCAUCGCUCAUGAAUCUUCAUUCCUCGAUCACGGCGCAAUCCCAAUCUUCCGGGCACGACGAACCCGCCGCCGCUCCUGCAGCACGGCAGCGCCCGCGUCUGCGUCGGUUUGACCAGACGCCUGAUGAUCUCAGUCGUCAACUACGUCAGUUGUGAAUUCCGCAACUUCGCGCGAGGUUUGUUUUGGGCAGUGGACGGAACUCGAUGUUCAUGGGCAGAAUUUCGUGUGUGCGAAAUGAGAUCUAUUUCACUAUUGUUAGUCUGAAAAAGGGACAGGCAGUACUUACAAGAUGAUGCUGGUGAGAUGGCAUUUUGAUCGCUGUAACAGCAAGUGCAAUUUGAAUUUUCCAAAAUUCUUCUUCCAACAGAACAAACACCGUAGCAGGUCCUUGCGUCAGUCGCGUCCAAUCCGAAACUCGUGAUGUAUUUAAAAGUGACACCGCCAACAUGGACAUGUCUUUUGCUGAAUGAGUUUCAGCGCAGUGCCGACAUGAACCUCUUUUACUGUUAAGGUGGACAACUCAUUCAUCAGCGCAUAAGUAUCCGUCGAAAGAGAAAACAAGAAUUUAGGAGCUGAAAG